AUGUUACAAAAGUCUCUAGCGAAUAUUAUUAUUUUAUUAUAUUUAUUUCAAUUAAUAAAUUGUCAAACGAAAUUUUACGAGCCAAGACAACGAUUUGGUCAUACAGCAGCAGUUCUUGAUGAUAAUAAAUUGUAUAUGUUUGGCGGAUAUGAUAUGACAUCAAGUAUUGAAUACCUUCUCGGAAAAGAGUUUUUUUAUAUUGAUUUUUCUACUCCAUUUAAUACUAAAGAAUUAACAUGGGAAGAUUUAUCAGACUAUUAUACUCUCCCAUCACAUGCUUUUUCUGCAACUGUUAAAAGUAAUAGAAAUAAUAAUACGUUAUUCUUAUAUGGAGGAAUAAUCGAAUCAACUGCCGAAACAUUAGUUUAUAGAUAUGAUACACAGAGUAAUGCGUGGAGUACUCCAACAAUAACUGGUAUUAAUAAUAUUAGAAAGCGAGAUCUGAUUGGAAUUAUAGAUAAUAAUGGAAAGAUGUAUUUAUGGAGUGGAAUGAAAGUUAUUAACGAAAAAAAUACAAAUUAUGUAAAUGAUAUGCUUAUUUUGGAUACAAUAAAUCUUAGUUGGGGGCAAGGAAGUACAAUUGGUGCACCAACUGCAAGAGGAAAUUAUGGUGCCAUUUUAUUACCUAAUAAUAACAUUAUUUAUAUGGGUGGUUAUAAUGGUGAGGAAUUAACAUUGAAACAGGUCUAUUUAUAUGAUAUAAUUAAUGAUAAUUGGAGUAUAAAAACAACUUCAGGAAUAGUACCAUCCGGUAGGAGUGGUUUUUCUGCCGUUCUCGGAUUAGAUGGUCAAAGAAUAAUAAUUUUCGGAGGUACCACAACUGUCGCACGUAAUAACCUUACAAUUGAAGAUUCACUUUAUGAGUUAAAUUUAAUCAACUUUGAAUGGCGUAUUCCAAAAAUUUCUGGGCAAAUUCCAAAAAGUCGAAUGUAUCAUAAAGCAAAUGUGAUUGAAAAAUAUAUGGUUGUAUCAUUUGGAUUUGGUUAUGAUCCUCCAAUUGAAAGCGAUAUUUUAUUACUUGAUAUUAGUAAUAAUAAUGAAUACAUAUGGACUUAUAAUUUUGUUCCUUCAUAUAAUCCGGAUCCAUCAAGUCUGCCGUCAUCAUCAAUAGAACAAUCGUCAUCACCAACACAAUCAUCAUCACCAUCACAUUCAGUAAAUUUACUUUCAGCUCAACAGUCUGAAAAAUCAUCAUUAACUAUGAUUGUUUCAAUUGUGGGAUCUUUGUUUGCUGGUACUAUAUUGUUAUUCGGAUGCUUCUUUAUAUAUAGAUGGAUUAAGAUUAAACGAGAACAAAAAAAUUAA